UGAUUAGAGUGCCUCAGUCAUCAUCACCUACAGAGGUAUAAAGCUCUGUCUCUAAGAGGAAAGAUAUUUUAGUUUUUUAUAGAGAAGGCAAAAGAAAAGGAAGCAGAGUGGUGAUCUGUGAUUGUAAGCCGCCCUAUGAAAUAUGCAUGACUGCAUUUGUGUUAUGGUACUCUUUAUGCUUACUAUGGGAGUCAUCACGGAAGAUGAAACAGCUCUCUGUGAGCUGCUAGGAAGCCCUGUGUUACCUCUGUUAUCGAAGAAAGGCGACAUCACCAUUGGAGGAGCGUUUUCUGUCUAUACCCAAACCCCAAAGUCUUCACCUUCUCUGACUGAAACUCCAGAACCUCUCAUUUGCACCAGGAUAAGCUUCAGAGAAUUCCGAUUUGCUCAGACAAUGAUGUUUGCCAUUGAGGAGAUCAACAACAGCAGCUCUUUACUGCCAAAUGUCUCGGUUGGUUAUAAAAUAUUUGACAGCUGUGGUUCCACACUUUCUUCAACACGUGCAGCCAUGGGUCUCAUUAAUGGACAGGAAAGAACUUUUGGAAAAACCUGCUCUGGUCAGUCAACUGUUCAUGCCAUUGUGGGAGCCUCUAAAUCUUCCUCAACGAUCGUCUUAUCACAAAUAGCUGGGACCUUUCAAAUACCGGUGGUAAAUAUGAUUAACAUUUGUUUGUGAUUUCUUCAUUAUUAUUUCUUAUCUGUGAUUAUAAAUUCGAUGCCAUAACAGA